CAGCAACCACUGAGGGAAAGUGAAACAAAGGAGAGAAGUUGCAGAAACCAGUAAACGUAUUUAAUUUUCACAACCUCCCAAGCCGGCCUACCCAUCCGGUACUUUACUUUCUUCCUCUGGUUUCUACCCAAGAACCCUAAAAUAUUGGGGAAAAGAGGUCUCCUCCUUGUAAAUGGAAUUCCUCGGGGAAACCCUGAAAUCUCACUAGACCAGAAAACCAAAACCCAGAUUUCAGCUCCUACCCAUGUCUUCAAUGGCUGCAUUUUCCUUCCCCAAAUCCUUCACCGUUCUAGUUAUUCUUGUUUUUCAGCUCCGAAGGUUAGCUGCGGAUCAAGAUGCCUCCUUUUCCUUCAAAAGUUUUGGUAAAGAUCCGAGAUUUGAGUCCAAUAUUGCUUUACAUGGGGAUGCAAAGGUUGUUCCUGGGGAGUCUCGGGUUCAACUCACUGACUCGGUGAGUUCAAGCACUGGACGAGUCAUGUACAAGAAACCCAUCAAGUUUGUUGAAGGUACUCCUAGGAAAUUUGCUUCUAUUUCGACUUACUUUUCUUUCUCAAUGUCACAUGAAAAUGGGGAGGGGUUGGCCUUUGUUAUGUUUCCUAGGAGUAGCAAUCCUAAGGUAUUUGAUAACAGCUCUUUUGGACUUUCUCUAGGAAAGGAGAAAAGUAAUAUUAGUGUCGUUGCUGUUGAAUUUGAUACCUUGAGAGAUUCGAAGUAUGGUGAUUUGAGUGAAAAUCAUGUGGGUAUUGAUAUUGCUAGUCUUGUAUCAGUUAAAGUGAGAAGCUUGUCAUCUAUCAAUAUGGUAUUGAACAAUGGAGAAAGGUUGCAUUCUUGGAUUGAUUAUGAAGCAACCUCAAAAAGGCUAGAAAUUAGGUUGAGUCAUUCUGGGGAUACUAAGCCUGUUGAUCCGUUGCUUUCAUACUCGCUUGACUUGUCCAAAAUGUGGGAUGAUGAGGAAGUCUUUGUUGGGUUAAGCUCUUCAAAUGGGAACUCUUCACAGACAUGCUUCAUAUAUUCGUGGAGUUUCAAGCUUAGGCAUGUUCCUUAUUGGAUGCAUUCUGACCCAUUGGAUCCCAAGGCCUUCACCAAGAACUCGAAACCCCUCAUUGAUCACAAGAAAAGUGGUUGUCUUUUGAGAGUUCUUGGUGCUCUGAUUUUUGGCACUGUUUGUGGAGCACUGGCUGCAUCUUGUGUGCUGUAUUUGUGGACAAUCUUUGGGAAUAGGCGUCUGGUGGUACCAGAAGAGUGUGCUGAGCACCCUGUGGAUUUUGAGUACAAGAAUUUCAAAGUAGUAGUGGAUAGAGCUGUCCAAGAUGACACGAACUAGAUCUUAGCUAGGGGUUUGAUCAAGUUGGAUGUUUUGAUGUUGUAAAUUCAUGUUUUUGUACCAGUUUUUCUUCUGUGGUUGUAACUGAUGAUCAAUUGUGAAAAAAAAAUGUAGCUUUCUGUUGUAUAUCGCUUGACGAUGGGAACACUGAGAUAUGAGUAACCUUCUUUAUUUCUUAGAAGCUCAAAUCAUUGUUUUGUUUUGUUUUGUUUUGUUUUGUGAAAUCCAUUUCCAGAACCGCAGUGUAUCCUGUGGUUGUAACUGAUGAUCAAUUGUGAAAAAAAAUGUAGCUUUCUG